AUGACGGACUUCCUGAGACGGCUGCCUGCGCCGGCGGGGCAGCGGACCACGCAGGCCGCGUCCGUGUCAGGCUUGUCUGUCUCCGACCCGAGCGUCGGCUCCUUCGCGUUGUCCAAUCCGGUUCCGCGGCACAGGGCCCGAGGCGGGGCGGGCGCCGAGGGUCGGGGCGAGGACGAGCAAGGAGACAGGCGACGCCCGACUCGCGGAGACGCCGUCGGCACGCUGGCAGCUCUCGCCGAGGAGAGACAGAUGGCGCUCACCCGCAGAGACAGGAGCGGCCCGCCGCCUUAUGGACAAAGAAAGGGAUUCGUUCCCCGCACCGAAGAAGACUUUGGCGGCGGCGGCGCGUUUCCAGAAAUCCUCGUCGCGCAGUUCCCCCUCGGCAUGGGCAAGAAAAAGGGCGGAAACGCAGCGGCGUCCACAGUCGCUCUUCAACUGGGCGGCGACGGGAAGAUUGCCUACGACGUGGUUGUGCGCCAGUUGUCGGACAAGAAAGUUGUCUACUCCACGCCUCAGACUGCAGACGGCAUUGAUACGCUCCGGCCGGUGGCGACUACUGCCUCGGGCAUUCAGGUCGUGAAGCGGGUUGCAAAUGCCAUGCCGAGCCAGGAGGAAGAAGACAAGGAAAUUGCGCGGACCAAAGCUGCGUUGGAGGCCGCCCUGGAGCAGAAACUCGGCGCCAAUAAAGUCAAGACCAAGCAAGACAAAAGCGGCGCGGAGUUCUAUCGAUACACCCCAGCUCAGCAGGGGACUGGCCACAACAGCGGCUGCGCACAGCGCGUGUUGCGCGUCGAAGACAUGCAAGAGGAUCCCAUGAAUCCGCCAAAGUUUCGCCACAAGAGGGCGCCUGCAGCUGCAGGCAGUCCCCCGCCCCCCGUGAUGCACUCCCCGCCCCGAAAACUCACGCAGCAAGACCAAGCAGAGUGGAAGAUCCCGCCGAGUAUUUCGAACUGGAAAAACCAGAAAGGUUACACCAUUCCUCUCGACAAGCGUUUGCAAGCUGAUGGCCGAAAUCUCCAAGAUGUUUCCAUCAACGACAAAUUUGCGAGUUUGUCGGAGGCGCUGUACAUUGCGGAGCGUCAGGCGCGCGAGGAAAUCCGCCUCAGAAACGAAAUUAAGAAGCAAAAGAAAAUCAAAGAAGAAGAAAUGCGAGAACAGCAGCUUCGCCUCCUUGCCGCACAGGCCAGAGCAGAAAGGUCGAACCUUCUUCAGCAGCGCACAGAGGGGCAAGAAGAGGAUGAGGAAGCAAGAAAGAAACGGGAAGCCGUGGCGCGCGAGCGGCAACGCGAAAUUGAGAGGGAAAUGCGCCUGGAAAGAAACAAGCGCGGCAGAAACGACGAGGAUCGCGACGUCAGCGAGCGCGUCGCGCUGGGGCUGCCGCCCGCCAAAAAAGCCGCCUCCGGGGAAGGCGUUUUCGACACGCGCCUCUUCAACCAGUCCGCUGGCGUCGACUCCGGAUUUGACGGAGGCAACGACGAGGCGUACAAUCUGUACGACCAGCCCUUGUUUGCGAACCGGUCGAACAACGCAGCGAUUUACCAGUUCUCUCGCGAGCGUCUCAUCAACUCUGUCGGACACACUGGAGACGUCCCCUCGUUUGCGGGAGCGGAUCGAAGCACGUUUACUCGCACGGCGCCGGUCGAGUUCGAGAAGGACGUUUCCGAUCCGUUCGGUCUGGACAACUUGCUCUCCGAGGCGAAGAAGAAGUGA